UUGCAAGCCCGGGCCGCUACCUUCCGCUCCCGGCCCCCUUGCCGCCCGGGAGGAACCACUCACGGAGCAAAUCCCGCAGGCGAGGCAGAGGCGUGGAGGGUGGGAGUCGUGGUCACCAGGGACGCCAGGGCGUGGCCGCCCCGCAGGCCCGCCCAGCCGCCUGCGCCUCCGCGCGCCAAAGUCAAAGUGCAGGUCCCGCCGGCGGGAGACCGACUCUGCAAGCCCGGGCUACCCGCGCCGCCGCCAGCCAGCCAGCCAGCCAUGGCCACCCCGCCCAAGAGGCUCUGCCCUUCCCUCUCGACCAGCUCUGAGGGAACCCGCAUCAAGAAGAUCUCCAUCGAGGGGAACAUCGCUGCCGGGAAGUCAACCUUUGUGAAUAUCCUGAAACAAGUUUGUGAGGAUUGGGAAGUGGUUCCCGAGCCCGUCGCCAGAUGGUGCAAUGUUCAGAACACUCAGGAUGAAUUUGAGGAAUUGACAACGUCUCAGAAAAGUGGUGGGAAUGUUCUUCAAAUGAUGUAUGAGAAACCUGAGCGGUGGUCUUUUACCUUUCAAGCAUAUGCCUGUCUGAGUCGGAUCCGAGCUCAGCUUGCCUCUCUCAACGGCAAGCUCAAAGAUGCAGAGAAGCCUGUGCUAUUCUUUGAACGGUCUGUGUAUAGUGACAGGUAUAUUUUUGCCUCUAAUUUGUAUGAAUCUGACUGCAUGAAUGAAACAGAGUGGACGAUAUAUCAAGACUGGCAUGACUGGAUGAAUAGCCAGUUUGGCCAAAGCCUUGAACUGGAUGGAAUAAUUUAUCUUCGUGCUACUCCAGAGAAAUGCUUAAACAGAAUAUAUUUACGAGGAAGAAAUGAAGAACAAGGCAUUCCUCUCGAAUAUUUAGAGAAACUUCACUAUAAACACGAAAGCUGGCUCCUUCAUCGAACUCUGAAAACCAACUUCGAUUAUCUCCAAGAGGUGCCUGUCCUCACGUUGGAUGUUAAUGAAGACUUUAAAGACAAACAUGAAAGUCUGGUUGAAAAGGUCAAAGAAUUUUUGUGUACUCUGUGAUUGCACAGGAGACUGCCAGCAACAAAGUGUUUCCAGAUACUUGAGUUUUGUGUGUCCUCAUAGCUUAAUAUUCAUACAAAAAUCUUGACAAGUUCAAGUUUUUAAACCAUUUUUGUUUUAAGGAAAAAAACCCUUUCUUUAUAUAUAUAUUUUAUUUAAUGUUUCAGAACCUUCUGUAAAACUGCUACUUCCUCCACUUCUGUUCAACAGUUUUAAAUCAGAGGUGUUUAUCUCUCCCAACAGGAGGUCUGGGGAUACAUGACUAGAGUCAGGAAAGUGAAUGUCUAAACUAUUGUAAAAGGCCCUGCCUUAUUCUGCCUUCUCAGUUGUUACCCUGCGUGGGUUAACGUGGUUUCAUUGUGCCUCUGGCUUUACUGGUACCAGUUUCUUAAGUGGAUACCCUGCUGUUAAGUGUCAAGGGCAUGUGUAUUCUGGACAUCAGUACACCUGUCACAGGCUGAGAAGGGAGUUUGGGGAGUCCCUUCAGGGGUGCUAGAGAUGGAAGCCAGGCCCUUUCAUGCUAGGGAAGCUCUCUGCAGUACCUGUCCCCAGCCCCGGAGGUUUAGUUUUCAUCAGGUGCCCCUCCCUCCAGUCCACCUAAUGUUGGAGGUAAGGCCGCGUCAGCAUCACCGCAGGAUGUUCUUAGUGUGUCUGUGGGCCUCCGUACAGGAGGAGGUUAAAGUCGGUUCCCAGCCUGGUAACAGUACAGCUGGUUUAUGCAUCACCUGAUCUUUACCUGUUUCUUCAUCUGUGACGAGUACUUUGUUUACCUGAAAUUUUGGACUAGAAGAAAUCUCUAUAUUUAAGAGGUAGCUAAGAAGUGUAUUAUGUACAAGACUUCAUUAAGGUAGCCACUGCUCUUCUCAGACUACAGUUAAAAUGCUUCUUUAAAUUAUGAUUUUUCUUUUUUCAUUUUUUUUUCUUUUUUUCAAGACAGGGUCUCUGCAUAGCCCUGGCUGUCCUGGAUCUCACUGUGUAGACCAGGCUGGCCUGGCCUUGAACUCACAGAGAUCCACCCACCUCUGCCUCACUUCUCACACUCGGUGGAAGCAUCCCCAUCCUGAACUCUGAUUUCUUUGAAAUCCUUUGAGGUGCGAGUGCAGUUUUUUUUUAUGUAAAAUGAUGAUAGAACAUGACAAGGUUUUCCAUUCCCCCUUACCCCCAGCCCUGUAUUAAUAAUGAGUAGUCUCUCUUUAGCUUUAUCCGUGGUGAGACAUUGUGAUAAACCAAGCCAAGGGGGAACAUUUUAGCUUUUCGGUCUGUUCAGUGCACAUCUCCCCAGCUGCUGAACAUGUCUGCUUUCUCCCUGGAAUUAUCAGGCAGUUUGCUAACUUAAGAUUGAAGGUCACACAUUUCAGCUGUAAAAGGGCCACGAUCAUGCUUUGCCUCCUGGUUUGCUUUGCUUUGUAGGAUUUUCCUUAAUUUUUUUGUACUCACAGAGAAAUUAUUGAUGAAGCAAUUUUGCUUUAUGUUAUAGUGUCUUGUGGAAAUGUUACAAUUUUUGUUGAACUAGGAACUAAAAUUAACAAAUACAGGGAGCCUUAACACUCCCAUUAAUAAUGCACAUGUCUCUAAACUACUUUCAUGUUUAGCUGUAAAAAUUUGCUUGGAUUUAUCCUAGGCCUAUAUAUAAUUAAAUAAGUACUUUUUUUAUUGCUUUUUUUUUUCCCCACUGUAGUUAAGUUAAAAUGUGUGUUGUUUUUACCGAGUAAUUAACCUUUCUAUUUCACAUUAGGAAAAAUGUAUAAUUUCUUGAAAAGAACGCAUUUAUCUUGAAGCCAUAAUUUUCCUUUCUAAAAUGUUAUCUUUUACUUUGGGCUUCUUAUUCAGAGAUGUUAAUUUACUGUUAACAGCUAUAGUAGCACUGAUCUUUGAAAUGGGGACUCAAGUCUGUAAUAACCAUAAAUAAAUUGUCUUGUGUUAUAUCUGACUUUUUAUUUUUGUUUGAAAUAAAGUUGCCCACUGAAAUAUUUGUCAAUAAAUGAAUUAAAAUUUC